UGCAGCUUGCUUCCUGUAGGCCCUUAUAGCGUAUCAUUGCAGUCAAUAUUUUCAGAAAAGUGACAUUCAUGCCACAGGAAGGAAGUGACAUUCAUGCAGCACACCUGCCCUUAGGGUCGACUGACAACUCAUGGGGCCCCCGGGUAAUAGGGGAUCAUGGGGCCCCUGUGUCCUUGCCCAAACUCAAAAAAGCCUAUGAAAAAGGUACCAGGGGCAUCUCAUGGGGCCCCCUACUGACCCCGGGCAGUGCCCGAGUUUCCAAAUGGUCAGUCCGCCCC